GCCUUGGCCAUCGCCAGCAUCACUCCCCACGCCGCAGCUAUGAAUUGAACUACCAUCGCCAUUCUUAUUAUCUCAAGACUCCACAUCGUCCACUCCCCCACUCCUUUACGCUCACACGACACGACUUCAAAGACAGAGACGCUGUGCCAUUUCACGACUCCCUUGUCCAGGCCCAUGCCCCACACCUAAACAAGCCCCAUCGCCAUGCCCGUCACGUUCUCCGAGCCCUCGGGCCGCCGCAUGUCCACUGGCCGCAGGCCGAGCGCGUCCUCUCCCUACCCCGUGCGCGUAAUGACCUCUAUCAAGCCGUCCGACUACCCGUCCCCGCCCAAACGCAGCCCCAAGAAGAAGGAGGCUAGCGUUGUCGACCCCUUUGUCGACGACGCGGCGCCGCAGUGCUGCCCCGACCUCGACUGCCACACCAACAGCCCGCAGGACGAGCGCGUGGCCCUCCCCGCUGACUCGGAGCGGCAACCUCUCCUUGGCCGCACGCAGAAGCGCAGGGCGCGCCACUGGUCCUUGCUCGCCGGCCUGGUGCUGGUGCUUGUUGUCGGAAGUGUGAUCGUCGGCGGCGUGGCGCGGAUGCACUCGCAGGACGAGUAGAGUGCUGUGUAGCAUUGUUUGUUGUAUUACCGUCCGGCACGGUGUGACAUGUCCCGCGAGUUGGCGCGUUGUGAGCUUGUUGGCGCGUGAGAUAAGGCCGGGAUAGCGUCAGCGUGAUGGUUGUACCAUCGCUUCGGCCGACUGUCGCAAUGACACAGAGUUGUCAAGGAGAUGUAAUUUCUGAGUGUUCUGUGUGACCCCGUU